CCGUCUUCUCUGUGUGACUGUGGGAGCACGUCUGGUGGCUCAGUUACUGUCAGUGCCCCGUGGCUGGACGAUCCAUGAGGCUGGCCGGGCGCCCUGGGCAUGGUUACCGUUAGUGAAUAAUUAUUAAUUACGUGCCUUUGUGAUAAGCUAUAGCUAACUUUGCCAAAAUGUCGGAUUUUGCUGAAUUUAAAGGCAGUGCGGUGUGGGAACAUUAUCUAAGAAGUCAAGAUGGCCACACAGCAAAGUGUCGUCUUUGUAAAAAGGUACUGAAAAUAUCUGGAGGUUCCACCAAAGGACUUCACGUCCACCUCAGGAGCAAGCAUGGUGGUAUGAGUGUUGCUGGACCAUCCCGAUCCGGAGAGACGCCGCAAAACGUGUCCGGCGAAGGUCAAGGUGAGAGCGCUAAAACCACGGCACCGCAUCUAAAAGGAAUGAAGACCUUAGAUUGCUACUAUGUUUCCAAAACGGACGACGACCUGGAUGCUAUCCUAGCUAGAAUGUGCGCGAGAGAUGGGAUACCUUUUACAGUUUUCUGUACCUCACCGGACCUACGCGGACUUUUGGCUGCUAAAGGAUAUAAAAACCUUCCAACCCAUCACAACACGAUCCGCCGGCGUGUCCUCAAACACUGUGCUCGCCUGAAGUGUGACGUGAAGGCGAAGCUGGCCGAAGAAUUGUCAAAUGGCAAACGGUUCUCACUUACGAUCGACGAGUAUACGUCCCUGAAAAACCGUCGCUAUAUGAGCGUGACUGUCCACUGCGAAGGUAACAUGUGGGGUCUCGGUGUCGCGCGUUGUCACGGAUCGAUGCCAGCAGAGAAAUGUCUGGAUCUUCUGCAGGGCAAGCUGGCAGAAUUUGGCCUUGAACUCAGUAAGCACGUCACCUGCGUCACAACCGACGGAGCUUCGGUGAUGGUGAAAUUCGGGAAGUCACUGCCAUGUGAGCACCAACUCUGCUUCGCACACGGUGUUCACCUCGCCGUUGUCGACGCUCUGUACUCGGGUGACGCCGGGCAGACCUCUGAACAAGCAGAUGACGACCGUGGUGGUGGUGGACCUAACCAGGUGAACUCGUCAGAUGAAUCCGACGGUGAUGACGAGGAUGAGGACGACAACGUGGAAGAAAACACUACUGGUGCUACUGGUCACCACGAACUACAUAGUUCGCUCUCUCCAGUCGUUAAAAGCAUUAGAAACAUUGUCCGCUGGUUUAGAAAAUCGCCCGUACGAAAUGAAGUCCUUCAGAAAUACAGUAACGGAAUUGCAAGUGGCAAUAUAAUCUUCCUGCCUGCGCCGGACCAGAGUUUACACAUGCAGGCUGAGUUCUAG